UGCCUCACUGUUUACAUCUCUAAAAUGGACAGUGAAGAUGAUUUGGACAUUUUGACAUCCCUGCUGGCUGAGAGCGAGGACGUCGGAGAGGAACAGGACGGUCAGCAGCAGGCAGACGACUUGGACGACCUGUUUGACAAUGAUGAAGAGGAAGAAUACAAAGAGGAAGCCGAGGAGGAAGAACAAGAUGUGGGGAAGACAGAAGACGAAUUGUUGGAGCUUUUUGGGGACGUAGACGACAUUGAAAAUGAAGAAAGAGACGCUCAAGAAAAAGAAAGCGGAGGAGAAGCCUGUGAGAGUUUGAACAAGUCCAAGGAAGAUUUACAAGAGGAGUUGAAGCGGAUGCAGGAGCAGAUGCAGCGGUUGCAGCAGCAGCUGGAGGCGAGCCAGAAAGUUCCCACCUCAUCUUCUACAGUCAGAACCGCAGGGAGCUCUACUGGUCCCAAACCAGCGACCCCAAAACCAACACCUUCCCAAAAGCCACUCUCCAAAAAGACUCCAGCUAAACCAGCUGCUACUGUACAGAAGACAAAGACACAAGCAGCAUCUUCAUCCACUCCAGUCAGAGGAGGCAGCGUGAAGCUCCAGGAGUCCUCUGAUUUCUCUGCUCAGCUGAGCUUCGCUGACUCCUUCAAAUCUAAAUCCAGAGUGGCUCACCAACCCAAACCCAGCACAUCACCAGAAGACAGAGGACCACUGGUGGAGAUAAAGCUAGGCAGCUCCUUCCAGCCAGUAGAGAGCACCAGCAAGGUCACCAGUCCUCCUCUGCGUUCCCCUCCAGCAGCUCAGAGCAGACCAGCUGCAUCAGCAGGACAACCUAAACCUUCCCCUCUUCCUCCUCUUCCUAAAGACGUAGCUGUUGAGAAAUACUCCGGGCUGAGGCUCAGAAAACCGAGAGUUUCCUCCUGCGAGAUGGACCGCAAGAUGGCCGACCGGCGCAUGAUCCGUCUGUCGCAGGUGCCGGAGCGUUUGACUCGGGAGAAGCUGGAGGACGUCGACUGGGUGACGUUCGCCGUGCUGGUGAACAAGGCCACGCCUCAAAGUAACAGCAGCGGUAAAACCUUCAGCAUCUGGAAGCUGAACGACCUCCAUAACCUGGAAGUGUACGUAUCGCUCCUUCUGUUCGGGGAAGUCCACAAAGAGCACUGGAAGACGGAGCCCGGCACAGUCAUCGGACUCCUCAACCCGAACCCCAUGAAACAGAAAGAUGGAUAUGACGGGGUCAGCCUGACGGUGGAUCACCCACAGAAGGUGCUGGUGUUGGGUGAAGCUCAGGACUUCAGCACCUGCAAGGCCAUGAAGAAGAACGGGGAUCCCUGCUCUCAGAUCGUAAACAUGUUCGAGUGCCAGUUCUGCCAGUAUCACAUCAAAGCCCAGUAUAAGAAGAUGAGCUCCCAGAGGGCCGAGCUGCAGUCGACGUACUCCGGAAAAGCUCCCAACAAAGUGAAGGGGAAGGGCGGCGCCGGAGCCGGUCUGAGGGGGCGCCUGUGUCAGGACGGCUUCUACUACGGAGGCGUGUCAUCAGCUGCCUGCGCCGCAUCACUAACGGCAGCCAAACCGAACAAACCCACACAGAAGACUCUGGAUAAGCUUUUUGUCAAAGGCUCAGCUCAGCAUGUCAAUCAGGCCAAGAAGCUGGUCAUGCAGUCCGGAGACGUUUCAGGUUGUUCAAAUGAAUUCAAGAGCUUGUUGACGAUGCCAACACCUGGUGCUCUGCAGCUCAAGAGACACCUGGCUCAGGAUAAGCAAACAGUCCCCAAAGAUGUGUCUGGAGCUCCGGUUCAGUCCAUCUCAGCGUCAGACCUGCUGAAGCAGCAGAAGCAGAGGCAGCGGGAGCUUCUGGAGAGCCGUAGGAAGAGAGCGGGGGAGAUCCAGAGGAAAACGCUGCAGAGCUCAGCCGGGUCGUCGUCAUCGUCCGUAUCGGGCCGAGAGGGUCUGAUGUCCCCGAAAGCCGCCUCCGAGGUCCCCAAGGCCACCCAAAGCCCCGCAGCUCCCCACGCUCCCACCCUGGGCCGAGGCUUCUCAGAGGGUGAAGACAUCCUGUUCUUUGACAACAGCCCGCCUUCAGCACCCGCCCGCAGCGCUCUCAGCCUAUCAGCUGCCAAGCUGUCUGCUCUGAAGAAGCUGAGAGCCAAAGGGGCGGGGCUUCAAAAAGAAGACCCCAACGCAGUGAAGAGGAAGAGGAGUAACGAGAAUGAGAUCAUCACCCGGGUGGAGAAGAAUCUGACCUCACCAAACGGAGAAUCAUCCAGUAAUGAGGAGGAGGAGCCGGCUCAGAAGAAGAAGCGAGAUCAGCUCCGAUACAUCCAGUCGGAGGAGUUUCAGAAGAUCCUCAACGCCAAAUCUCGCCAUGGAGUUGUCCUACAGGCGGCGGAGUACCAGAUGCAGGAGCGCUACUUUGCUGUUCUGGUGAAGAAGGAGCAGAUGGAGGAUAAGAUGAGGGACAUCAGAGAGAUGAAGUGUCGUGCUGUCUCCUGUAAAAAGUGUGGUUACACUUACUUUAAGCCGGCGGAUCGCUGCGUGGAGGAGAAUCACAGCCUGCACUGGCACGACGCCAUGAAGCGUUUCUUUAAAUGUCCGUGUGGACAGAGAGCCAUCGCUCUGGACAGACUACCAAACAAACACUGCAGUAACUGUGGUCUGUUUAAAUGGGAGCGUGAUGGAAUGCUUAAGGAGAAAAGAGGACCCAAGAUCGGAGGAGAGCUGCUGCUGACUCGAGGAGAGGAGCACGGCAAGUUCCUCAACAGCAAAUAAAAGCACCUUGAUGAUGCCUCCAUCAGUCACAGCUGCACACUGCUGGUCGUG